AUGUAAACAAAGUCCAAUGAUUUCCGAGUGAAGACAUCAAGACAAAUAUCAAAACGUCCUUUUUAGUAGACAUCCUAGUAAGGUAUUCAAGCAGUUUCGUAACAAACAUUGAAAAAGAAACUUUCUCCAAUCAGAUUAAAUAAGUAUAAUGUGUUUAUGGAUUGUUUAAAUGACUUGACAUAACAAAAGUUUGAGAAAUGUCAAUCCAGGAUAUUAUUUUAGCAAAUUGAAGAGAAAGUUAAGAAAAAUCAAUUACUAUGCAUCUUAUUCAUCUAAAAUGUGACUGUGUAUAACAAAUAUGAUUUACCAAACAAUAAAAUUCCACCAAAAUUUUCAUGGGAAGCUAUUUAUCGAGGGAAGACAUUGAUUUUGACAACUCCUCAUUAAUAUACAAAAACCUGUCAUGGAAUAGUUGAUUUUAUGUUUAAAUCAAAUGCCAAAUAUCCAUUAAAACUAAAAUUAUUGAAAGUAAAGAAUUAUGAAGAACAAUACAUUGGAGAGAUAGAUUUGUCAGUUUCAGAUUUUGUCGAUUUUGAAGUUGUGUAAGAAUAUUAAGGAAAAAUGAUAAAGGAAACAUUUGUAUAGAAAGAGAUGUUUAAAGUAUACAAUGAUUAAUCAGCAUCAAUUGGAUAGGUGAGUUUGAAAAUCAUACAAUUUUGUUCUUCGAGUGUUCCUUCAAAUAAAUCAUCCAAUAUUCCAGGAUCACCAAAGACAUUAGAAUAAAGAAAGAAGCAUUAACAAAUAGAGGAAGGAAAAGCAAAAGGGUUUGAUUGGGGAAGUAGCAAAGAUGAAGAAAUUAUAAUCUAAUUGAUUCUAGAAUGCCAAAAGGAAAUGGCAUCAAAAAUCAACCAAAAUCUUGAAGUAGUUGUCGAGAGAAUCAGAUGUAAAUAUUGGUAUAAUAAAUGCUAGAGAUGGAGAAUACACUCUGUGGAUUAUUAAAAGAAAGCUGUUUUGCUCCAGACAAUUUUGGAAGAAGAAAUGCAUUGGUUAGAAUAAAGAGAAUAAGAGAAUUAUUGGAUAACCAGAUCUCUGGUUUAGUGA